GGGAGGGUGGGGUGGAGGGAAAGAGAGAAAAAGAGGGAUGGGAGGGAAGAGAGAAAAAAAGAGAGGAGAGGGAGUGGGGGAAAGAGAAAGAGAGAGGGUGGUAUGAUGGUAUUGAUUAUAUCUAGAUCAUAGACAGACAAGAGGAUUUGUUCCAUACUAAAGUCAUGAAUACCUCCAAUAACUCAACAACUCGAGUUGUGAUUGUUUCGAGCGUGUUUAUUACAUAAACGAGCAAAUUAACUUUAUCAUAUUUGACACCCACAGUUUAUAAUAUAUUUACGCUUGUUCCGCGUCCAAAAGACUAACAAAAAGAUAAGAUCGUUAAAAGAUAAAAACUUCUGUUUUUUUUCUGAUGAUUUAUGAAUGAAAUGCCUCUCCCUUUCAUUGAGAUGGAGAAAAUUUAAUUCUAUGCUUAUUCAAAAAAUAGCAGUUAGGUUAACAAAACACUUUGUUAUGUUCUUCACUCUAGAAGUGCACUCUUCAAGUGAGAAUUAGAAGAAAAAGUGAAAGAAUAUCUUGAAAUCAAUAAUGCAUAGUUCCACAUGAUUCGCGGUUUGCAAGGAGUUAAAAUGCAAUGAGAACCGGUGUUUGGUUUCGAUCAAGUGUUUUAUGAUCAAGAAAAAUAAGCUUAUUUUGUCACCAGUUAACACAAAAAAUGCGUUAAAUACCGUAAACAAAAAGUAUCGGAAGAUUUUCAGGGUUUGGAGGCAAUUAUGUCGGAAUAUUGCUAUGAAGUAUCCGCUCUUUGUGGCCAAGAGUCAUACCUGUUUAGAGAUAAACCUUCAGAAUGGUAAAACAACUGUUAUUAUAUAUAUCCCGUGAAACUCGUUAGUUAUGUAUUCUGUUCACAUCAACCAAGAUUGGAAACACAAUCUUCGCUGGAACAUCCUAAAGUUGAAAAAAUGGAUCCUUUUCCUAAUUCACACAAUGGGAAGAGAAUUGAGCCCGGAUCGAAGAACGCAUCGAAAAAGGCAAUGGCUCGAGUGGGAGAAACAUUCGCACGAUCUUCGUUCAAAGUGACGCGAGUUAGACCCAAAAGAAUCAAGCUAAAUGUUGGAGGUUACCAGUUUGAAAUUCUAAAGGAUAACUUAAAGAAAUACCCAGAUACUUUAUUAGGUGGUGAAAGAAAGAAAUAUUUCUAUGACGACGAUAGAAAGGAGUACUUUUUCGACCGAGACCCAAUCAUGUUCAAGUACAUCCUGGACUUCUAUCGAACCGGUGAUUUCCACAUUUCUAACAAGUCACCAGACUGUAUAGAAGCGAUUUCAGACGAACUCGCUUUCUUUGGAAUUCCUAAAGAGUUUGUUUCCUCUUGCUGUUGUGAGAAUAUAGACUUUGAACACAAGAUGGAAGAAGAACUGGACGAUGAAGGACUAGACCCUGCGUCAUUUGGCAGAAAAGAAAAAUUGUAUGAGUUUUUGACGAAUACAAAGAGUAGCUGUGCUGCGUCAAUGUUCAGUUAUUUUUUCGUCCUCGUUAUUGUAGUCAACAUCAUCAUGAUAAAUGUGGAGACGCUCGAAUGUGCAAUUAGCAAAUCGUGCGGGGAAUAUUAUGAAAAUACUUUCUUUAUCAUCGACUCGUUCUGUGUAGCUGUUUUCACCUUCGAAUUCGGGGCACGAUUGUACUCAUGCCCGAGUCGAAAAGCAUUCAUCAAAAACGGGACAAACGUUAUUGACUAUAUCGGUAUUUUGCCCUACUAUAUCGGGAUUUUUGAAAAGAUCUUUGAAUCUAAUAAUGUACAGCUAGAGUUUCUGAUCACUGCUUUGAGAAUUUUCAGGAUCUUUCGGGUGACCAAGCUAGCAAGGCAUUCCGACAGGUUUAUGAAUCUUCUGAAGUCCAUAAGGGAUGCAGCCGGCGAGCUCGGGGGGAUCCUGUUCUCGUUCCUAGCUCUCAUGAUUAUGUUCUCUUCCGUUAUCUACUUCACGGAGCAGAAAAUGUCCGACGGUCCCCCGAACAAACCGUCCCAGUUCUCAAGCAUCCCGGCUGCCUUCUGGUAUACGCUUGUUACCAUGACAACAUUAGGUUAUGGUGAUAUAGUACCAGUGACAUUCCUGGGUAAGAUCAUUGGCAGCAUGUGCGCGUUGAUCGGCGUGCUUCUACUUGCCCUCCCAGUGCCCAUCAUAGAGGAAAAGCUCAGCGCAAAUACAAAGAGGACAGCUCGCAAGUCCGACGCAAAAAAACACAAAAAUCACAGCGUGUACGCGACCUCCAAGAGGCUGACGCAUUCGAUAAUGUCGAUUAACCGCCUCAAGAACCGGCUAAAGAAGCGAGUGGAAGUCCACUUAUCAACCUCCAGCCUUGGCAACGAGAUGAGCGUAAUCGCGCACGAGGGCGAGACAGGUACAAGCGGUGUGCAUCCUCGACACGGGCAAGAGAACAUUGAGAUGAGCUACGUCUCUGGAAGCCAUUCGCCAGUACACAGACCGCGACAAAGUCCCAAGCAUGCUCCCAACCGAGCUACCAUCAAUGCGAACAACAUCUGCGAUCCGCCCCGCUGUCUUGGAACAUCCAACGGCAGCGCAAUGGCGGGUUGCCAUGGUGAUGAAGGCUUGUCAAGCUCGGGGGAUACGCUAGUCCCAAGCUCUAAGGAAUGCAUAGCUAGGAUACCUGUGGAAUGUGAAUAUCUUUCAAUCGAGCAUGGGAUUCCUGUGUAAAAAGAACUGAGUCCAGCUAGGAAAGUUUGAUAAAGAAAACACUAUUUUAAAAUUUGAAGGCUUACCGUUUUCUAUUUCUUUACAAUAAAAUUUUUAUUUAACAUCGGGCUACCCCUUACAGGCCACGUUGAUUGAGUAUUUUUAACAAAUAAAUCUCAUUUUUUAUGCGUCUGUCCUCUGAUGUUGCACACAAAACGUCACAGAGUCAUGAACAAAGAAGUUUUUAGAGUACCCUGGAAACCAGAGGCUCAGCGCUUCGCGGCGACAACGAUUUGAGCGAAUCGUUGUCGCCACGAAGCUCGGAGCCCCUGGUACCCAGGGUAUAUUUUGAGCCGCAGUCGUGACUGUUAGUUGUUUAUGACAGGCUUUGACGUCUUCUGCGCAUCCAUUAAAGCCGCAUUGUCACCAGUUUACUUCCGGUCGAUUACGUGACAAUCUCCGAUGAUGUUUAAAAACGCCCGUGAAAAAAUAUUUUCGACUGGUGACAAGGUGGCUUUUAAAGGACAGGCCCACAAAAAAAAUCUGCUUCCACAUUUUUUGGCUUUGGCUUUGCUGUCAAUCAUUUUUCUCUCCUCCCAUGAUACACCGUAAACGUGUAAAAAAGUGGUUGUAUUCAGACGGACAAGGAUAAAAGAAUAGAUUACAGUCACAGGCUGUAAAUACGGCCUGUUAGAGCGCAAUAAAGGUAUCAAGUU